GCCUAGUCCACCAUUCUUCACAAGUCAUAACAACCCAAACACAAAAGGCUUCAUUUCUCUUCCCCGGCCGGCGAUCUCAUAUUGCCGGAGAAAUGAAGCUUCCGAUUGUCGACUCUUCUUCCGCUACACGCAAUGUCCGUGUAUCCGAUCAUCGCCGUCACGUUUUCCACGAAAAGCUCUAGCUAAACGUGAUCUUCUUCUUUUGCAGAGUUUCCAAGUUAUUCGAUCCUUCUUCGGCGAAUUCUCCAGUGAGUAAGGUAUCGAUUUUGUUAUAGAUAAAAUUUUGGCAAAUUUUGUUUGGCUUUUGGCGGAACUGAUCGGCUGCGGCGAGUCUCUUAGACCGAUGACAGGAGAAUUUGUUGAUUUUGAAAGCUGUUUUUAGGUGAAGAGAGGAGGGGACUAUGCAUGUGUCUGAAUAUGGCAUUGAUUUAAUGUUUUGUCUGUAAAUUUUUUGAAGUGCGGGAUUUUGUAUGUAGUGUACAUGCAAAAAAACAGAGUCAUCGAUUUUAGACAGAGUUGGUGAUUUGUCAUUUGUCAUUGUGAUCGUAAUCAGAAUCCAAGGUUAAGCUCUGAAAAUGGAGCAGAGCUGACAAGCGCAGCAGUGAGUAUAGUUUGGGGUACUGAAAACGUGAAGCAGGGUUUAGAACAGAGGGAACCUGUAAUCAUCUCUGUUUUCAUCUUCAUAGCCAUGCCUUUUCCGAUGAAGAUCCAACCCAUCGAUAUCGAUUCUCAUACGCCACGAGAAACGAUUCGUGCGGACUCUGGCAAGCCGGUAUUGAAAUCGCGCCUGAAGAGGCUUUUUGAUAGGCAAUUCCAUGGCGUUUUGAAAAAUUCUUCGACGGAGAAGCCUGAAUCGCAGUAUAGUAAGGACGGUGGGGUUGAGUUCGAGCCAAGCUCGGUGUGCUUAGCGAAAAUGGUACAAAAUUUCAUUGAGGAGAGCAACGAGAAGCAAACAACUGUGAAAUGUGGUAGGAAUCGCUGCAAUUGUUUCAACGGGAACGGUAAUGACAGCUCCGAUGAUGAAUUUGAUGGAUAUGGUGGUUUUGGCGAACCGAUCGUCACUGCAUCAUCUGGUGAUGCAUCCGACUUACUCAAGGGUCUCAUCCCAUGUGCCAGUGUUGCGGAGAGAAACCUCUUAGCAGACACGGCGAAGAUCGUUGAGAAGAACAAAAUCAAGCCAAAGGACGAUUUAACAACGAUUGUUAUGGACGGAUUAUCAGCUCUCGGCUAUGAUGCUUCAAUCUGCAAGUCAAGAUGGGAAAAAUCUCCCUCCUAUCCAGCCGGAGAAUAUGAAUUCAUAGAUGUGAUCGUGGAUGGGGAGAGAUUGCUGAUCGACAUUGAUUUCAGAUCAGAGUUCGAGAUAGCUCGAUCCACUGGGGUUUACAAAGCGAUCCUUCAAUCUCUGCCGUACAUAUUCGUCGGUAAACCCGAUCGUCUCCAGCAAAUCGUUUCGAUCGUAUCUGAGGCCGCGAAACAGAGCUUGAAGAAGAAAGGCAUGCACUUUCCACCAUGGAGGAAAUCCGAGUACAUGAGAGCCAAAUGGCUCUCUCCAUACACCAGAACCACACCAAACGGCAUCCUCAAGGAAAGCGAAAACAAAAGCGAACAGGAUUCUGCAACCACCGAAAGUGAGUGCGGAGAGUUUGAGCUGAUUUUCGGCGAGGAAUCAACGCCGCAGGAGAGGGAUCACGAGUGUACCGCGUCGUCGCCGGCGAAGUUUUCCGGCGAAGGCGAGAAAAUAAUACUUGUGGUUUCGCCAUGGCAGCCGCCGGCAAUCAAACCGAAGAGCUGUGAGAGGGGAGCCAAGGUCGUCACCGGAUUAGCUUCCCUUCUCAAAGAGAAACCCUAAAAAUUUUGAAUUUUUCGUUUCUUUUCCAAAAUUUUCUCAUCAGUUUUCUCCAGAUAUAAAUAUAAAAUAUAUAUAAAUAUAUAUAUAAAUAUGAAAUCGAAAUUCGGAUGAUA